AGUAAUUAUUAUGUUUCUAGCAUGUUAUACAUUUGGCAACAGUUCUUCUAAUCCUAAUUGAUGGAGUGUGUAGCAUUUAAUUUCUUAAACAACCAUGCAGAAACACACAUCAUGGCCAUACUGCAGGAUGACAAUGUAAAUAUUCAUCAGGCUCAAAUUGUAAGUGUAGCUGAAAGUCUUUGGGAUGUGCUGUUUCAUUUGUAAUAAAGCAUGUAAAUGCCAAUCCCACAGGGGAUUUUAAGAUGCAAUAAAAUGCAGCACUGCCCCAGUUCUAACUCAGAGCUUCCUGCCUUACAUACAUACUGGCAUGGCAAAGAGGACUUUGUCAUUGCCGCUACUGCUGCUGCUGGUGCACAGCAUCUGUUUAACAGAUUCAGAACAAGUCUGCAGACUGCUUGGACAGCCUGACUUGCCUUUACUUUCUGCAGAAAGAGAUAUCAACAUUGGAGCGAUUUUCUCAAUCCACAGAAGUGCUCUGCUAAAGAUGCAUCCUUUUACUUCAAAACCAGAGCAAACAACGUGUGUCAGGUUGAACUUGCGUGAAUUUAAAUUUGCUCAGACAUUUAUUUUUGCCAUUGAGGAGAUCAAUAACAGUACACAACUGCUGCCUGGUGUUUCUUUGGGCUAUAAGAUAUAUGAUGGUUGUAACUCUAUAGUUCAGACUAUCCUUGCAGGCAUGGCUUUGAUGAAUGGCUAUGAAGAGACUUUGAGUGAUACAUCCUGCUCUAGCUCACCAACUGUUCAGGCCAUUGUCGGAGAGUCAACAUCCUCUCCCACUAUAGCCUUGGCUUCUGUAGUUGGUCCAUUCAGCUUACCUGUUAUCAGUCAUUUUGCCACAUGUGCAUGCCUAAGUAACAGAAAAAGAUAUCCAUCCUUCUUCAGAACAAUACCCAGUGAUUAUUACCAAAGCAGUGCACUGGUUCAGCUUGUCAAGUAUUUUGGUUGGACCUGGGUUGGAACGGUCAGGAGUCGCAGUGACUAUGGUAAUAAUGGCAUGGCAGCAUUUGAGGAGGCUGCAAACAAAGAGGGGAUUUGUAUCGAGUACUCAGAGGCCAUAUUAAGGACUGAUCCACAAGAGCAGUUUCUGAAAACAAUGGAAGUGAUAAAACAGGGCACAGCCAGGGUAGUGGUGGCUUUUGUCUCAUUCGGAGAUUUUAUCCCCCUUGUGAAAGUGAUUGCAGAACACAACAUCACAGGGCUGCAAUGGGUUGGCAGUGAGUCUUGGAUAACAUCUCGAAAUCUUGCAGAAACAAAGGAAUACAGUUUCCUUUCUGGAGCUGUGGGCUUUGCUGUAGUGAAUGCCAAACUUGUGGGCCUGCGAGAGUUCCUAGUGAAUGUGCAUCCUGAUCAAGAACCAAACAAUGAGCUUUUAAAGGAAUUUUGGGAAACAGCUUUUCAGUGCUCUUUCAGGACCAGCGGCAGUGGUAGCUGCACUGGCUCAGAGAAACUGGCAGAGCUGAAAAAUGAAUAUACUGACAUAUCAGAGCUACGAAUAGAACAUAAGACAUACACUGCAGUGUAUGCUGUUGCACACACACUUCAUAAUAUUUUAAAAGACUUCAAAUUAUCCAUCAACAGCAGCAAAGAAGAGCUGCCCAAACCACAAAAGGUGUUACAGUAUAUGAAAGAUGUAAGGUUCACUAUAAAAACAGGAGAAAAUAUCUUAUUUGAUGCAAGUGGUGACCCAGUGGCAAGAUAUGACCUGGUGAACUGGCAGCCUGUUGAGGAUGGAAUUAUGCAGUUUAAGCAUGUGGGUGUCUAUGACAGCUCAAUGCCUUCAGGGCAACGUCUUCAAAUCAAUCUGGAACACAUACUAUGGGCAGGGAACACUGGAAAGUUGCCUGUGUCCAUGUGCAGUGAGAGCUGCUACCCUGGAACUAGGAAGGCUGUGCAAAAAGGACGACCUGUCUGCUGUUAUGAUUGCAUUCCAUGUGCAGAGGGAGAAAUCAGUAAUGGAACAGAUUCUAGUGACUGCUUUCCUUGUGAUUUGGAGUACUGGUCGAAUGAAAGCAAAGACCGAUGUGUAUUAAAAGUGGUUGAAUUCCUUUCCUAUACAGAAAUCAUGGGGAUGUUGCUUUGUAUUUUUUCCUUCAUUGGGGUGUUAUUAACGGCUUUUGUAUCUUUUCUGUUUUAUCUUCACAAAGAAACACCCAUUGUCAGAGCCAACAAUUCAGAGCUGAGCUUCCUGCUGCUCUUCUCACUAUCACUGUGUUUCCUCUGUUCAGUUACUUUCAUUGGUCGGCCCACUGAGUGGUCCUGUAUGUUGCGUCACACAGCAUUUGGGAUCACUUUUGUCCUUUGCAUCUCCUGUGUUCUGGGGAAAACAAUAGUUGUGUUAAUGGCUUUCAGAGCUACACUUCCAGGAAGUAAUGUUAUGAAAUGGUUUGGACCUGCACAACAACGACUCAGUGUUUUUUCCUUAACGUUAAUACAGGUGUUUAUAUGUGUACUUUGGUUAACAAUAUCCCCCCCUUUCCCAUAUAUGAAUUCGUCCUAUUACAGAGAAAGGAUUAUCCUAGAAUGUAACUUGGGUUCAGCUCUUGGUUUCUGGGCUGUUCUGAGUUAUACUGGCCUGCUAUCAAUCUUGUGUUUUGUUUUAGCUUUUCUUGCUCGAAAGCUCCCUGACAACUUUAAUGAAGCCAAGUUCAUCACAUUCAGUAUGCUUAUAUUCUGUGCCGUCUGGCUCACAUUUAUCCCAGCUUAUGUUAGUUCUCCUGGAAAAUUUACAGUAGCUGUGGAGAUAUUUGCCAUUUUAGUUUCAAGUUUUGGUUUACUAUUUUGCAUUUUUGCCCCAAAAUGCUAUAUCAUUUUGCUAAAACCAGAGAACAAUACAAAGAAACAAAUGAUGGGCAAAUCUUCAUCUAAAGCUCUUUGAACCCAGAAAUAAACAGGUAACAGUUUAAAGGUACAUACCAUAACAUACCAUACCUGGCUGUAGAAAAUAAAACAGAUUUUCACUACAGAAUUUAACACACGGUAACCAACAGAUAAGUAAACAUAUGUAAUUAAACGGUUAAAAGUAAUAACUGGAAAGGUUUAAUAUUACAGCCUGGACAGACAACCAAAAUGGUUAAUUUGCAUGUGAUAUCUUAAGUAACAAUAGCUACACAACAGCAACACUACUUUCAGGCCUGUCUGAACCAUUAGUUCUGCUCUCCACAGGCUGUAGCAGGCUCUGCAGUGUAGGCUGGGUCAGCACUAGACACAGUGGACUCUCAGUGACCAUCUCCAUCACAACCAUGUUCUGGACCUGCAUUAUGUGCUUCCUAAUAAAAAAAUGACAUGGACUUUUUACCUGCCAGCACUACUUUCAGGGCUGUCUGAACCAUUAGUUCUGCUCUCCACAGGCUGUGGCAGGCUCUGCAGUGUAGGCCGGGUCAGCACUAGGCAGAGUGGACUCUCAGUGACCAUCUCCAUCACAGCCAUGUUCUGGACCUGCAUUAUGUACUUCCUAAUAAAAAAUGACAUUGACUUUUUACAACUAACAACAAAUGGAAAUUACAUUUUAAUGGCCUGAAUUCUUUCUUAACUUUCUGAAUUUCUUGCAGUAAUACAGUAACAACACAGCCAUACAUCUUGCUUUUAAUGUUAAAGUUUACAUGAAUAGGUUAAGCAUUAAGCCUCAUGCAUAGGCCAUAUUAAAUGUAAAUUAAAUUAUUUUGACUAUUUAACUUCACCAACAUUUUUUUUUUUUUUUUUAAAUAAAACACUUCUGACUGAGUAUAGAUUUUUUUUACUUUUCUUUUCAUUUUAGACAAUAGGCGCUUUUCCACCAUCGGGCCGAACAGAUUCCAGUUAUAUUUCCCCUUGAGCUUAGUUCAGCACGACACGGUUACAAACUGUUCUCAGCCCAGAAUACGGAACCGUGUGGGUAAAAUAUGUGUAGUAUUGGUCACUCAGGAUUGGUCACUUGUCUGUUGCCUGGCUACCAGUUUCUCUGUAGCUGGUCAAGCACGCUAUUUGAGUGAUGUAAACACAAGUUAAUAACAAAAUUAAGAGAGAUCGCCUGAGCGAGUAUUACCUGUCUGAAAUAACAUUCAUUCUUAUAUAUAUAUCCAUUAUAAAAGUCUGUUUGAACGUCCAUUGAGGAAAGUGAUCUUUGUAUUUGUCCUUUUUACAGCCUUGUCCAAAUACCCACACUUGCGGUCUUUGCACUUGACCACUUGUCUACUCA